CGACAUCACUCAGCCCGACGAGCUGUCCUGGUGGCGCUGGAAGAUCAUGAUGCGGCGGCUGGAGUGUGAAAUGAAGGACAACUGGCUAACACGCCUGCAGACGCUGCCCCACGACAACCCACCGUGGUUUCGCGAGAUUCCCAUGCAAUGGGACCAAGACCGCCAGGCCAACGAUAUCAAAGUGUAUGUGCGCUACGACCAUGCUGUGCGCUUCAUGGAUGUGCCCAAGAAGGUCUGGAGUACGCUUCCCUACGGGUUCAGCCUCGACAACCCCGUCGGCUCGCAAGAGGCGCUAGCGUUGGAGGAGCACUUGAAGAAAGAGCUGAUGCGCCUGUCGCAAGAUCGAAGUCGAGUCUUCAAUACAAAGGAGCUGGUGGAACAUAUAGUAGCGGUGGGGAAAGAUGCAGUCAAGCCAGUGGUAGUGCAAGACGAGAGCGCACGCUUGGGCAACCCAAGCUUCCCGCCUGGAUACCAUGCGUAUAGAGCCUUCUUGUGCGAGUGGACGGCAAGGGGUUGCUUCAUGUGUCCGAUGGGUAGAACAGACCUCUUAGGCUUCAUGAAGCGGAUGGAGGAGCGCAAAGAUAAAGCGUGGUGGAAGGACGAGAGAGACGUGUUCUUUGACCCGUAGUCUACUAAGCAUGUACCUAUGAUAGUUUAGUGCUGUAGAGUGUAAGAAAGGAAUGUGUGGUCGGCUGUUGGGUAGCUCACCGCCACAACGAAAUGCAAAAAGAUGCAACAACACCACUUUCGAACACCCAAACGACGCAAAAAGAACGCUGAACGUAGUUUCCGACACCGGGAAUCGAACCCGGGCCUUGCC